AUGGUUAAAAAGUCCUUCUUGCUAGCUGCUAUCGCUACUACUUUCUCUGCUCUUACGCACACUGUCCUGGCUGAUAGUGAUGUUCUCUCCUUGACUGAUAAAACCUUUGAUCAAAGCGUCUUGGGUCAAGACCUUAUGCUCGUCGAAUUCUUUGCUCCUUGGUGUGGUCACUGCAAAGCUUUGGCUCCUGAAUAUGAAAAAGCUGCUACAACACUCAAGAGCAAAAACAUUCCUCUUGCCAAGGUUGACUGUACCGAAAAUGAGGAUCUCUGUCAAAAGCACGAUGUUCGUGGCUACCCUACGUUGAAGGUCUUUAGAAAAGGUGAAGCUGCCGAAUAUAAAGGCGCUCGUAAGGCAGACGGCAUCGUCAGUUAUAUGGAAAAGCAAGCUUUACCUUCUGUCACUGAAGUCACUGCCAGCAACUUUGAUGAAUUCAAAAAGACAGACCGCGUUGUCAUUAUCGCUUAUGCUAAAGAUGACGCCUCCAAGGAAACCUUCCAGACUCUUGCUGACAAGAACCGUGAAAACUUUGUCUUUGGUCUUGUCACUGAUGAAGCUGUUGCCAAGGAACAUAAAGUCACCGAAUUUCCCUCUCUUGUAGUCUAUACCCAAUUCGAUGAUGAAAGCACCUUCACCAAGCCAGGUGAAUUCAAGUAUGAUGAACUUUUAGAAUUUAUCAAGGUCAACUCUGUUCCUCUUUUGGACGAAAUCGAUGCUUCCAACUUCCAAACCUACGCCGAAACCGGUUUACCUAUCGCUUAUCUCUUCCACGAUAAUGAAGAAUCCAAGAAUACGAUCGUCAAGGAAGCCAAAGCUUUGGCCGAGAAAUACAAGGGAAAGAUCAACUUUGUCCAUAUCGAUGCUAAAAAGUAUGGUGGUCACGCUGACAAUGUUGGAUUGAAGCAACAGUUCCCUGCUUUCUCUAUCCAGCACUUGGACAAUGGCGCCAAGUUCCCUCUCGACCAAACCUUGGCUGUAACUCGUGAAAACUUGGAACGCUUCGUUGAUGAUUACGUUGCUGGUAAAAUCAAGCCUCACGUCAAAUCUGCUGAGCCUCCUGCUGAAAACAAUGGUCCUGUCAAGGUUGUCGUUGCCUCUCAAUUCAAGGAUAUCGUUCUCGACAAGUCCAAGGAUGUCUUCCUCGAAGUCUAUGCUCCAUGGUGUGGAUACUGUAAGAAAUUGGAACCCAUUUGGACUCAAUUGGGUCAAGUUGUCUCUCAAAACGCCGCUGACUCUGUUGUCAUUGCCAAGAUGGACGGUACUGAAAAUGAUAUUCCUGAAGAAGGUGGAUUUGAUGUCACCGGAUUCCCUACUUUGAAAUUCUUCCAAGCCGAAACCAACAAGUUGAUCGAUUAUGAAGGUGAUCGUUCUAUGGAAGAUCUCGUCAAGUUUUUGAAUGAACACAACAGUAAAGGACUCAAGUUUGAAGUUCCUGAAGAAAAGAAGGAAGAAGAAAAGAAGGACGAAAAGAAGGAUGAUGAAGCCACUAGUGCUCAUGAUGAAUUGUAA